GAACAAGUCCGGUUGGACCAGGCAGGAGGCAGGGCUGAUUCAAGGAGGAGGGGUGUGCAGGAAAGCGGGCGGGGCCAAACAAAGGGGCGGGGCCAAGGCUAGCAGCCGAGAAUCCGCUCCUCUUGGUCGGAAGAUUUGGUCACUGUACAAAUGGGGGAGACUGAGGCUCCAGAGGGUUUGGAUCUGCGGAAGACCGGGGCGGGCCUUUGUCCCCCCCGCCCCGACCUCGGCCGGAUCUUCGCGCUCCUCAAGGGGGAGCCGCAAGGCCCUCUGGGAGUUGAAGCCUUCCAGGGGUUGCUAUGGCCUCGGGGGCGGGGCGGGCGCCUGGGACUCGGCGGUUUGGCCAGGGGGAGGGGCUUUCGGAGGCCCCGGCCCGGCCCCGCCCCCGCCGCCAUGCGGCCCGCCCAGACUGCGCUCUGGCUGCGCCUAGUCGUAGCCCUGGGCCUGGCCCUCGUUGGCCCCCUGCCUGUGGGGUGGUCCUCGGCCCGGGCCCCCAUCUAUGUCAGCAGCUGGGCCGUGCGGGUGUCCCAGGGUUACCGGGAGGCCGAGCGCCUGGCGCGCAAAUUCGGCUUCGUCAACCUGGGGCAGAUCUUUCCUGACGGGCAGUACUACCACCUGCGGCACCGGGGCGUGGUCCAGCAGUCCCUGACCCCACACUGGGGCCAUCGCCUGCGCCUAAAGAAAGACCCCAAGGUGCAGUGGUUUGAGCAGCAGACGCUCCAGCGGCGGGUGAAGCGCUCGGCGGUGGUACCCACAGACCCCUGGUUCUCCAAACAGUGGUACAUGAACAACAAGGUGCAGCCGGACCUGAACAUCCUGCAGGUCUGGAGCCAGGGGCUGUCGGGCCAGGGCAUUGUGGUCUCUGUCCUGGACGAUGGCAUCGAGAAGGACCACCCGGACCUCUGGGCCAACUAUGACCCCCUGGCCAGCUACGACUUCAAUGACUAUGACCCAGACCCCCAGCCGCGAUACACACCCAGUGAUGACAACCGGCACGGGACCCGCUGUGCUGGGGAAGUGGCAGCAAUGGCAAACAACGGGUUCUGCGGCACAGGCGUGGCCUACAAUGCGCGCAUUGGAGGCGUGCGCAUGCUGGAUGGCACCAUCACGGACGUCAUCGAGGCCCAGUCGCUGAGCCUGCAGCCGCAGCACAUCCACAUCUACAGCGCCAGCUGGGGCCCCGAGGACGACGGCCGCACGGUGGACGGCCCCGGCAUCCUCACCCGGGAGGCCUUCAGGCGCGGCGUGACCAAGGGCCGCGGUGGGCUGGGCACGCUCUUCGUCUGGGCGUCGGGCAACGGCGGCCUGCACUAUGACAACUGCAACUGUGACGGCUACACCAACAGCAUCCACACGCUCUCGGUGGGCAGCACCACCUGGCAGGGCCGCGUGCCCUGGUACAGCGAGGCCUGCGCCUCCACGCUCACCACCACCUACAGCAGCGGCGUGGCCGCGGACCCGCAGAUCGUCACCACAGACCUGCACCACCAGUGCACGGACAAACACACGGGCACCUCGGCCUCGGCCCCGCUGGCUGCGGGCAUGAUCGCCCUGGCUCUGGAGGCCAACCCGUUCUUGACGUGGAGGGACAUGCAGCACCUGGUGGUCCGGGCGUCCAGGCCAGCACAGCUCCAGGCUGAGGACUGGAGGACCAACGGUGUGGGGCGCCAAGUGAGCCACCACUAUGGCUACGGGCUGCUGGAUGCCAGGCUGCUGGUGGACAUGGCUCGAACGUGGCUGCCCACACAGCCCCAGCAGAAAUGCGCCAUCCGGAUCAUACACACCCCCACCAGGCCCGCAGGAGGGGCCCUCACCCCCCACGCCACCCCUAGCCCCAUCCUGCCGCUGAUGCAAGUGAGGAAGAAUGUGUCGGCCUGCGCUGGCCAUGCCAACUACAUCCGCUCACUGGAGCACGUGCAGGUGCAACUGUCACUGUCCUACAGCCGCCGGGGGGACCUGGAGAUCUCGCUCACCAGCCCCAUGGGCACCCGCUCCACGCUCGUGGCCAUCAGACCCUUGGAUGUCAGCAGCCAAGGCUACAACAACUGGAUCUUCAUGUCCACCCACUUCUGGGACGAGGACCCGCAGGGCUCGUGGACUCUGGGCCUGGAAAACAAGGGCUACUAUUUCAACACAGGGACUCUGUACCACUACACGCUGCUGCUGUAUGGGACGGCCGAGGACAUGACGGCGCGGCCCCCUGGCCCCCAGGUGACCAGCAGCGCGUGUGUGCAGCGGGACACAGAGGGGCUGUGCCAGGAAUGCCACAGCCCCGCCUACAUCCUGGGCCACCUCUGCCUCUCCUACUGUCCCCCGAGGUACUUCAGCCACACCCGGCAGGCAGUGACCGCUGGGCCGGGGCACUCGGCCACACCCGCCCUGCGCGUCUGCUCGAGCUGCCACCCCUCCUGCUACACCUGCCGCGGCGGUUCCCCACUCAACUGCACGACCUGCCCCCCUGCCUACAUGCUGGACGAGCAUCGGGGCUCCUGCUCGGGCCCUGCCCCUCCCAACAGCACCCCCUGGCCCACCGCAGUGGCCCACCCCAGCUGCCACCAUGGCCGAGCCCAGGCUGCAGUCCUGGCCUUGCUGGCCAUGGCCUUUGGGAGCCCCUUCCUCUGCAGCGUCCUCUCUGUAGGCUGCCUGCCACCAUGCGGGGGCCUCCCCCAUCACCACCCCAGGUCCGGCUGCUGGCAGGAACCUAGAGACAUCUGACGAGGGGCCAGGCACCGCUGUGCUGCUCCUUUGCUUCAGACUGGUACCCGGGCUGGGGCUGCGAGAACCUGCCCUGAGAAGGCUCUGGCUGAUCACUGAGGCCCUCAGGCCAGGGGCGGCCUACAUGGAACCGUGGACCUGAAAUUGGCAGGUCCAGGGGAAAGAGAGAGAGAGAAAAGUCUAGUUACACAGUUUGGGGUGGGGGUGGGGUGGGGUGGGGCAGAGGUCAGGCUGUGACAACCAUCCCUUCCCAGCCCCAGAAGUGGGGGGGAGGGGCAAGGGGAGCAAAGACACCAUCCAGAGUCUCAGGCACCACGUCCGACCUCAGAGUUUGCAAAUAAAGGUUGAAUAGGAGGUGCCAA